GUCCAGGAGUGCUGAAGUUCAGCCAUGGUGCGUCUAGAGGAACGGAUAAACUGCAGAUGAUGAGUCUUAGUACAUCGGAUGUUAUUCCAUGGCCAUCUCUUGCGGAUAAAUCGCCACACAUGGCGCUUGUUCCGACUCAGGACUUGCCGUGCCGCUUGUUCCAUAGCUGAGUGGCUUUCAAAAACCUGAAUGACAGAGCAUCCAUGUCUCUCAAUCUUCACGUUGUUUGUCGUAGAAGGGGCUGUUAUUGUUAUCCCGAGUUGGCGUUUGUGGAGGCCUAGCGCCGCCCUCUUCUUCCCCGCUCUCCAUCCAUCUCCGCAUUUUGACGCCUCUGCAAGGAGACUAUGGUGCCAGACUGACGGUUCUACACGGACGAAACGUCUAGAUUCAGAAGCCUGGCGAUAACAAAGCUGUCGUUCUAUCUUUGGCCGAAGCAAAUUCCACAGUACACGGCGAGGCCCAUAAAGAGUCCAAGAUUUCCACCUUGUCAGAAACAGCAGAGCAUCAUUCCAAAGGAUCAUUCAUCAAGAUUCCUCCUUGACAAUACUUUCUGAGUCGGAGCUCACUCUAAGGAAUUCAGUGUCCACAUCCUCCUCGCUGCACCAUUCCCUCCCAUCAUCACCAUGGCCACUCAGCCGAUUACCGAGAAGUCUCCUACCGUCACUGACCAUGACGAGUAUGGCGACGGAGACAAUGUCAAAACCUCAGAUGCAGUGGCCGAUGCUGCCAUUCGAGGUCAAGCCAUCACAGGCUACGAAGAGUUGACACCAUGGCAAACUGCCAAGCACUUCAAAAUGGCGACGGCUAUCUGCUUUUUCGCUGCCUUCAGCGCAGCCACCGACGGCUACCAGAUUGGUAUCAACGCCAGUAUCAUUGCCAAUAAGGGAUUCGUGAGGCAAUUCGCUACAAAGAUAAAUGCCAAAGGCGCACCCUUUCUCGAGUCACCUAUCCUCAGUGGAUGGGCUUCUAUCAUGUCCGUUGGUCAGAUCAUUGGUAUGAUAGGAUUAUCUUUCUGGACUGUCCGAUUCGGUAGGAAGAUCGCCAUGUACACCUACUGGCUCAUACUUGUUGCAUCCAUUAUCGCGGAGACGCGUGCGCGCAGCUGGGAAGGUUGGCUCAUCGGAAAACUCCUCGCUGGUAUUGGUGUUGGUUGUCUUCAAUCUACGAUCCCAGCAUACAUCUCAGAGUGUGCUCCGCCGCGCAUCCGAGGUGGUCUGUUGAUGCUUUACAGCUUCUGGUGGACCUUGGGCUCUUUCUUCGCCCAGGUCGCCUUGAACAGUCUCAACAUGAACAACCCCUACAAUUACCUCAAUCCCCUUUACUCUCAAUGGGGGCAGAUCGGAUUGAUGAUAAUGAUAUACAUCUUCCUCCCGGAGUCUCCUGCAUGGUGCGUCACAGCUGGCAAGAUGGAGCGUGCCAAAAAGGCUUUGUUGUAUCUCAAUCGCGGCCUUGAAAACUACGACGUCGACAAACAACUGGAAAUCAUCACCAUGAAUGUUGAGCACGAGCGUGCUCUAGCAGUCGAGCAGAAGAGAGAAAAGUGGUACAAUAUCUUCCGAGGAACUGAUGGUCGUCGUACCGUAACCACCUUGUGGACCAACCUCACUCAGCAGUUCAUCGGCCUGUCACUCUUUGGAACCUUUGGUACCUACUUCUUCCAACAGGCCGGUCUCAAACAGCCAUUUAAGAUCAAGGUCAUUACGUCCAGUAUCCAAAUUGCAACUGUCAUUGUUGCCGUUUUCAGCGCUGAUAAGAUCGGUCGCCGGUAUAUCGCCUGCUGCGGGACAACCCUUUCCUGGCUCGCCUGUGUGGCUAUUGGUGUUCUAGGUGUUGCACCCUCCACUAAUGCCUCAACCUACGUUUUCAUCCUUUUCGCCUGUCUGUGGAAUGUUGGGCUUGCCGCCAAUGGUGCCGCCGGAUGGGGUUUCAUUGGAGAAAUUUCCUCUCAGCGCCUCCGUCCUUAUACUGCCGGUUUUGGCGCCGCAACAACCUGUGUCGUUGGUGUCGUUAUGGGAGUUCUUGUCCCAUACAUGACUAAUGCUGAGAAAUGGGAUUGGGGCCUCAAGACUGCCUGGUUUUACGUUGGCGUCGGCGCCCCAUUCGUGGCUGGCAUGUGGUACUUGAUUCCAGAGACGAAAGGUCGCUCUAGUGCUGAGUUGGACGAGCUCUUCGAGCGUGGCAUCAAAGCUUGGCGAUUCCAUAAGACAGAGACCGCAACCCAACGUCUUAUCAAGGAGCAAGAGACAAAUUAAAUGGGAGGGAAUUUGCAGCUGCUCUUGUUUGCGAGCCCUGUUUUGAAAAUUUGGCUUGGUAGCGAGACAGUGAGCCUUUUUCUCAGACCUUACGUUUCCGAGAAAUAGGUAGCGAGAAGUCAAUUGGAACUUAGCUUAGCAGCGCAAAGUCUUUUAUUGAAGUUUAUGCCACUCUGUUCUGUUCAAAAUAUACAAGAUAUUCUGAAACUCUGUUCUGAAAA